AUGAUGAUCAUGGCGAUGGCGAUGGAGAUGGAGAUGAUGAUGGUGAUGGUGAUGACGAAGAUGAUGGUGAAGAUGAUGGUGAUAGUGAUGAAGAUGGAGAUGAUGAUGAUGAUGAUGAUGAUGAUGAUGAUGAUGAUGAUGAUGAUGAUGGUGAUAGUGAUGAAGAUGGAGGUGGAGAUUAUGAUGAUGGAGGAGGAGGAUGACGAGGACAAGAAUGGCAAAGACCAGGACGAGGGCGAGGAGGAAGUAGAAACCAAGGAGGAGGAGAAGGACGAGGAGGACGAAGAGGACGAGGACGAGGACGAGGACGAGGACGAGGACGAGGACGAGGAGGACGAAGACGAUGUCUGCUUGUAUCCGAUCGAGAUCUGCAAGAACCGCCUGCAGGCAAUGCAGAAGAAGCAAAAUCAAUCCGAGCAGGAGAACGUGAAGAAGGUAUACAUGUGA